AUGGUUAAGGCAAAGAAAUUGUCUGUCAGAAAGCGAUUGUUAGCUGACAAGCUAAGAAAAAGAAAAAAGAGGGAACAACAUCCCAAAGAAUUACCAGAUGGUACAGAUGGUUCAGAGGCAGAGUCUGUUGUCCUUUCUGGGACAGCAGAUGGAGCUGAUUUAGCUCCUCCUGGUAAUUUUCCAGGGCAAGGCUCUAUAGGGUUGCCUCCUAUUGAGGGAAAACCCUUGGCCAGGGUGCAGGCCUCUCUUCGAGAGAAAAUGUACUCAAAUGCCCAGAGGUUGCCAUCUCCUCUGGGAAGUCGUCUGUUUGUCCAUAACGAGGGCAAGGCACCGUCCCCUGACUCCCCACCGUGGGUUUGUACUCCACCGAGAGUACCUGGAGCGGGCAUAGUGCAUAUGCCUAAUCCAGCAGGUCAGGCGCAGCUGGAUACCUCCAGGGAGGAGGAGACCAGCAGGAUACUAAAAGAUGAGGGCUACUUUAACGAUAUUAAAACGGAUUCUCUAAGUAAUAUAAACGGACUGUUGAACAGAAAACAUGAUAUUGUAGAAAAUGAGAGAAAAGAAAGAGAUAUGUUUGAGAAUGUAGAAUUUAGAAAUGGUAUAGAGAUAAUAGAAAGUGUCAGAGAAUCAAGAGAUGAAUGUGACCCUGUACAAAAUAUGAAAGAAAGAAAUGAAAUUGUCAGUGAGGAAAGAUAUGAUGAUAUUCGGAAUAAUGAAGAUAUGAAAAUGGAAAACAAACACGGUGGAAGUAUUAGUAUGCAACAUGGUGUUAAUGAGGAAAGUACAUACUGGGAAGACAGAACUGUGUAUUGUGUGAGUAUUCAGGGCUCUUUUCAUCAGGCUGACCCAAUGUUUGGUGAUACUGCUGGAACACAAUGUGUAGCAAAUUGUUUAGCAGGCUUAGCUUAUAAUGUUCUGAAGAGUGCGAAUGUUUGGCAAACAGCUGAUAUAAACAAAGUUUUAGUCACUGGAGAUGAACUAUACACAUACCUGCAGCAGAGUUCCUCAAUUACAAGUAGGUAUUUGUUAGUGGAAGAGUUGCCUCAGUUUUUUGAAUGCUAUAACAAAACAUUUGACUUCACAGUGAAGAUACUUGUCCCUAGUUUAAUCACCUUAUCGGAGGAGGAGCCAUGUUAUGAAGAUUUCAAUGCUUAUCCCCUUUUUGAAGCUGUGCAAAUGGCACUUAGCGAGACAAAUGGGUGUUUUGUGUGUUUUGGGGGAAAUACCCUUCUAAUUGGGAAAACAAAUGAUGGCUUUUUUUCAUUUGAUUCACAUGCACGAUGCUCUCGUGGAUAUCUUAGUGUUAGAGGGAAGAGUACAAGAAUUUUGUUGAAGGAUGUUCAGGACGUUUAUUUGCAUCUUAAGUCAUUGGCUAUUUCUAUGGGUUUUUCAAGAACUGUUGAAUGUGAAUUAACUGGAGUGUUGUGUUCACAGAAGGAUUUUGCUAUGGCAGAAGUUUAUGAGGUUGAAGGAACUGAAAAACCAUCAGGUUCAAGGCAAGAUGUCCUAAUGUCAGAUCAAUCAGAGGUAUUGCAAACAAAUGAAGUAAUUUUUAUGGGUGAGGAAAUCGAACGACAUGAUUUUAUUCCAUUGUCUGUACAGAAACGAAGGGAAUUAUGCAAAGAGUUGGGACUGUCGUAUUCUGUAUCUGGACAUCAACAUGAUGCUGUGUCUGUGAAAGACAUGGAUACACCUAGUGAUUGUAAAGAUAUUGAAAGGGAUGGAAAUUGCUUUUUCAGGGCAAUAUCGUUCAGUCUGACAAACUCAGAGAAUCAUCACCAACAAAUUCGUGAAGCCGUUUGUAAACAUUUGCUGAAACAUGAAGCAAAAUUUCAACAGUUUAUGAGAUCUGAGGGAUCUUUAAGGUCUUACUUACUUUCUAGUAAAAUGUCACAUGAGGGUAUAUGGGCCACUGAAUUGGAGAUUCUUGCAAUGUCCCAUAUGUUGAAUGUAGACAUUUAUACUUAUUCAGAUAUGAAGUGGCUUAAGUUUAGUGGAGAGGGUUCAUAUCCUGAAUUGCUUGAACAGAAGGAAGCUAUUUAUUUAUAUCACAGACAGCAAAACCAUUAUGAUGUUGUUUUACAUGUAUCAGCAGGGCUAUCUGAAAUUGAUUCAGUCAUUAAAAACAGGUCUUGUAAGAGAGAAUAUAACCUGCGUAAAGUGAACCGAAUUCGAAUGCAAGAAAAACGUAAUACUGUUGAAUUGAAAGUGGCAUUAAGCUCAAAAGAAAAUCGCAAAGACGUAUUUAGGAAAAAGUACAGGGAAAGUGAAGGGUUCAGGGAAAAAAUGUUGGAACAGAGGAAAAACAGGUACUCUAAUGCAGACUUUAAGCUGAAGACACAGAUGAAAAAUAAAGAACGAUAUCAUGAUAAUAUUGCUUACCAGUCUAAACUGAUUGAACAAGGUAUUCAGAAAUAUGCUUUAGAUUCAGAACACAGAAAACAAGUACAAAAGACAAGUAGGAAAAGAAGUAAACGAAUGUACUCUAUAGACUUCUAUCAUAGAGAGGAAAAGAAGAGGAAGAGUGUUGAAAAAUAUAAGUUGGAUACUCAGCACAGAGAACAAGCAAAAGAAAAGAGCAAAGAAAAGUACAGGACAAACUUUGAACAUCAGGAAAAUGUCAAAAAGGCAAGUAUUGAGAAGUACAAAUCAGACUUUGAACAUCAGAAGAAUGUCAAGAAAGCAAGUACUAAGAAGUACAAGACAGAUUUGGAACAUCAGAAAAGUGUCAAGAAAGCAAGUACUAAGAAGUACAAGACAGAUUUGGAACAUCAGAGAAAUGUCAAGAAGGCAAGCAUUAAGAAGUACAAGACAGAUUUGGAACAUCAGAAAAAAGUCAAGAAGGCAAGUACUGAGAAGUACAAGACAGACUUGGAACAUCAGAAAAAUGUUAAGAGAAGAAGCAGUGAAAAGUACAAGACAGACUUGGAACAUCAGACUAUUGUAAAAGAGAGGGUCAUGAAAAAAUACAAAGCAGAUGAAACUUACAGGAUGAAAAACAAAGCUGCUAAUAUUCAUAGAUAUAGUACAAAUGAAACUUUUAAAGCAAAUGUGCAAGAAAGAGCUGCAAAGAGAUAUCGAGCUGAUAAGGAAGUUCAGUCAAAAGCAAAGAAACGUAGUAAGGCUAGUUACCAGUCAUCUGCAGAAGUGAAGAAAAAGAAAAAGGAGAGUGUAAGACAAAAUAGGAGAAUGAAGCAAUUGAACUUGGAACAGGAAGAGGAAGUUAUCGGAUUGUUUAAGAGAAAUGCAAUGGAGGGCCCAGAUUAUGCUUGUACUUGUUGCCAUAGGCUUCUGUUUAAAAAUCAAGUUCAAAGUUGUGAACAUCAGAUGUACCAAAAAAGUGAAUCAGCAAGAAUUAUCUCUGACAUUUGUUUGCUAGACAAGUAUUUGCAUGAAUGUUCUGAAUAUUGUCCAGAAGCAUGCACCAAAUCAUCAUUAUGGAUUUGUUACACUUGUCACAGAAAAAUAUUGAGUGGCAAAGCACCAGCUGAGGCUGCAGCCAACAGUUUGAUUCUGGAAGAUAUUCCAUCUGAAUUGACAAAUUUGAACAGUUUAGAACAGCAUCUGAUUGCGAUUCACAUACCAUUUAUGAAGGUUAUGGCUCUUCCCCAUGGUGGGCAAAGAAAUGUACAUGGACCUGUUAUUUGUGUGCCUUCAGAUAUGAGAAAGACUGCCAGUUUACCAAUGCAACAGGAUGAAAAUUUGUUGCUGCGUGUGAAAUUAAAAAGGAAGUUGAAUUAUAAAGGCUACUUUGAAUAUCAAUUUGUUAAUACAAACCAUGUCAUGUCAGCCUUAACAUACUUAAAAGAAAACAAUCAGUGGUAUAAGGAUGUAAAAAUUGAAUCAACUUUGGAAGAAGAUUUAGAGAGUAAUGAAGAUAUGCCAAGAGAUGUAGUUAAUACAGAAGAUAAUGCAGAAAUGGACGAGGAAAUGGUUGCAUUUGACACAUGUUUACAACCUGUUGAUAUUGCACAGGAAGUUUUAGACCAUUAUUUUGAUGACGUGUACAACAUUGCACCAGGUGAAGGGAAAAACCCAAUUCGAAUGUUACAAGAACCUGGCAAUGAAGCUAAGGCAUUUCCUUGUCAUUUUCCAAGUGGUCGUUUUUCUUGGAAUGAAGAAAGGUCAGAGAAAUUAACACUUUCUAGGUAUUUCAAUAAUAGGUUAAUGAAUGCAGAUAACAGGUUUGCCAAGGAUACCAAUUACAUUUUCUUUAGCCAGUACAUGUCUGAAUUGAAUCAAGUAAUUGAGAAAACUCAAAUUUCACUCCGAAAAUCUCUAUCAAAAUGUACCAGUGGGAAACCAGUAACACUUAAUAUGCUGCAAGAUCCAGUUACUCUCUCUAGUUUGCUGAGGAAUGAUGAUGCUGUAAGGUUUAUGCAACCAAUUAGAGGAACUCCUGCUUAUUGGGCAACUGCGCAGAAAGACCUCUUUGCUAUGCUUCGCCAAUUAGGAAUCCCUACUUGGUUCUGUUCAUUUUCUGCAGCGGAGUACAGAUGGAAUGAUGCUGUCAAAGCUAUAUUACAACAACAAAACGAUGACAGAAACCCAGAUCAAAUGGAAUGGUCAGAAAAGAAUGAUGUUUUAAGGUGCAAUCCAGUUACAGUGGCUAGAAUGUUUGAACAUAGAUUUCAAAUAUUUCACAAGGAGGUCAUACUUUCCCCAGCAAAACCAAUAGGAAAGGUAAUAGACUUUUUUCAGAGAGUUGAGUUUCAACAGAGGGGAUCUCCCCACAUGCAUUGUUUAUACUGGGUUGAAAAUGCACCCAAUAUUGAUUCUGAUGGAGAGGAAGCUGUAUGUAACUUCAUUGACCGAUAUGUGACAUGUGCUGUACCAUCAGAAAGUGGUGAUGCAGAAUUGAGAAAAAGUGUCUUGGAAGUACAACAGCACAGUAAGAAACAUUCAAAAUCUUGUAAAAAGAAAGGUACAGAAUGUAGGUUUAAUUUCCCGAGGCCUCCAUCUGAAAAGACUUUCAUUACAACUGCUAAAGAGGAAGAGAACGCAGACGAGUGUGGAAAAGAGGCAAAGGUAAACAAGGCAUAUGCAAAAGAUAUAUUACUAAGUGUUUGGGAUAGAUUGCAGAAUGAAGGAGAAGGAAUCAUAACAACAGAAGAGUUAUUUGAUGAUCUGUCACUGACCCAGGAACUGUACGAAGAGGCCCAUAACAUAUUAUCAGCAAAAAGAUCAGUUAUACUCAAGCGCUGUCCAAAUGAGGUGUGGACAAACCAGUAUAACCGAUGUUUGUUAAAAUCCUGGGAUGCUAAUAUGGACAUACAGUUUGUACUGGAUCCAUUCAGUUGUAUUGUUUAUAUUGUUUCCUAUAUAUCAAAGUCAGAAAGGGAAAUGGGCAUGUUACUUAAACAAACAAAGUUAGAGGCCGAGGAAGGAAAUUUUGAUGCCAGACAGACGAUGAAAAAAAUUGGUUCAGCUUACUUGCAUCACAGAGAAGUAAGUGCACAAGAAGCUGUAUACAGAGUGUGUAACUUGAAGAUGAAGGAAUGUUCUAGGAAAGUUGUUUUUGUACCUGUAGGUGACAACCCAGUGCGCUUAAGUAAGCCGCUGUCGGUGCUGAGGAAGAAAGCAUCAAAGGAUGAAGAGAUAAUUGAUGAGGAGGACGAUGACGAGAAUGAAGUUUGGAUGACAAACGUCAUUGAACGUUACAUGAACCGGCCAGAUAAGCCAAUUUUUCAUGAAAUGUGCCUUGCAGAAUUUUGUUCUGAAUUCAGAGUGCUUGCUAAUUCUCAAGUUCCUAAGAAGAAAAAUCAAAAUGUGUUUGAAUUACAGAAUGGGAAAGGUUAUGUGCAACUGAGAACAAGAACACAAUCUGCUAUUGUAAGGUAUCCUAGGUUCAAUGCUGAGAAAAUGUCAGAAAAAUAUCAUCAAUCUCUUCUGCAACUUUUUCUUCCUUACUGGACAGAAGCACAUUUGAAACCACCAGGGUUUGAUUUAUAUGAAGAUUUUUAUGAAACGGGUUAUGUGAAAAUUUCUGGCAGAAAACAAAAGCAAUCGGUGAAGUCAAUUGUGGAUUUCAAUCAUUCACGGUAUGCAAAAAAUGAAGAUGUUAUUGACAAUGCUCAGGAAGCAUAUGAGAUGAAUGGUGAACCCGAAGAUGCAUGGUCACGCAUAUGUCCAGAAACAGAGGUUCUCAGAAGGGAAGGUAUAGCACAGAGAAAAGAAAAUGCAGUGCCACAGGAGCAUAGUGUGGAUAUAUUACCGGAUAUUGAAAGUGAGACACAUAAUGCAGAUGUCAUGUAUCAUGUUCAACAAAAUGUAAUUUCAAGAGGGGAAAUGUUACCUGUUCUUCAGAAUUUGAAUGAAACGCAGAGUGAAAUAUUUUACCUGGUGCGCAACUGGUGUCUAGCAAAGAUUGCAGGGGAGAAAUGUGAACCCUUACAUUUAUUUGUAACUGGAGGUGCAGGCACUGGUAAAAGUCAUCUCAUAAAAGCAAUUCAUUAUGAAACAUCACGUUUACUUUCAAGAAUAAUAUCUGAACCUGACAGGGUAUCAGUACUUCUUGCGGCAUUCACAGGAACGGCAGCUUUCAACAUUGGCGGAAAUACACUCCACCACUUAUUUUCAUUAACAAAAUAUCUCCCUUUGCCUUAUGAACCACUUGGAGAACAAAGUCUCAGUGAAUUGAGAGUAAAGAUAGGGGAUCUUCAGAUUCUUAUCAUUGAUGAAAUAUCAAUGGUUUACAAAAGACUCCUGUACUACAUACACGAAAGGCUGGUGCAGAUUAAGAAAUGCAGAGAACCAUUUGGAGGAAUUUGUGUUAUUGCCGUUGGGGACUUUUUUCAGCUACCUCCCGUUAAGCAGCGGAAAGAUGAAAGGCUUUACAAAGAAAAUAUGAGUUAUCCUAUGGACUACUGGCUCGACUUAUUUAAGGUCAUUGAGUUAAAAGGGAUAAUGAGACAAAAAGGAGAUUUGUCUUUUGCUGAGGUUCUUAAUUCCCUUCGUGUAAGAGAGAGAGAUGAACCAUUGACACAGGAGCAAAGUAUUAUGUUAGAAGACUGUAUCAGGGAAGGACCAGAAGAUGUUCUUCAUGUGUUUUCUACCAAUGAGGAGGUUAACACAUUCAAUCUGUCAAUGUUGAAGAGAUCUUGUGAAGAUUUAUUGGAAAUUGACGCUCAAGAUUAUAAAAAGGACAAAACAUCUGGUAAACUGAUACUUAGAAACAAACCCGUAACAAGAUCGAAAAGCGAUGGCCUUCCAAGCUCAUUGUUAUUGUCCGUCCAUGCAAGGGUAAUGCUCACAAGAAACUGCAAUGUGGAAGAUGGACUCGUGAAUGGAGUAAUGGGGCAUAUUUGUCAGUUUGAUUUUGAAGAAAACAGUGACAGAAUUGUUAGAACUGUAGGAGUAAUUUUUGAUAAUAAGGAAGUUGGGAAGAAGUCAGGACAAGGUACAAGGAAUGGAAACAUAGUGUUCAUAGAAAGAGUGCAAGAAGAGAUGAAGGACAAGGUAACAACAGUAGUAAGACAUCAAUUUCCACUCCGGUUAUCUUGGGCAUGUACAGCUCAUAAGGUGCAAGGGAUGACAACAGACAAAGUUGUGGUAAAUUUAGAUAAAGCUUUUGCUCCAGGCCAAGCUUAUGUCGCAUUGUCAAGGGUUACUUCAAAGGCCGGUCUAUUUAUUGAUACAGAAGAUCCAUCUCGAUUACAGAAAAAUGUUUAUGCUGACCCAGAAGUAAAGACAGCAUUAGACGAAAUGCCAAGAGUUACAUUUGAUGAUAUUUCAGAAACUUUACUUUCCAGUGGGAAGAAAAUAGUUCUGCAUAACAUACAGAGCUUACGCAGCCAUUUUGGAGAUCUACAAAAUGAUGCCAGGUUCAAUCAGGCUGACAUUAUUUGUUUAACAGAGACAUGGUUAAGACCUGGGGAAAACACAGAGAAUUAUGCACUUCAUGGGUUUCAGUUUCAUCAUUUACCUAGAAAAGAAGCAUAUGAAGAAAGUACUGCUUUAAAUCAGAGUUUACACAUGUCAAAGGGUGGAGGUGUUGGAUUGUAUUUGAAAGAUGAAGAAGAAUGUUAUGAUAUUCUUCCUUUGUCCAAGAUGAAUGUUGAAGGAAUAGCUGUAAAAUUAAUUAAGGAAAAUAUUUUGUUGCUGUCUGUAUAUCGCCCAUGCAUGGCCAAAAUGGCAACAUUCCUAUACAGUCUUCAGAAAGUUUUUGACUACUUAAAAAUUAAAGACCAAGACAGUGUCAUCUUGGGUGAUUUUAACGAGGAUGCAAAAUCUAACGGUCCACUUCAAAGAUUUAUGAGAGAUCAAAACUUCAGACAACUUGUAUCAUUUAGCACCACUGAAGGGGGAACAAUUUUGGAUCAUGCCUAUGUAUCCAGCUCCUUACAGCCUGAAGUCAAACGAUUACAAACAUACUACAGUUAUCAUGAUGCUGUACUUCUCAAAUUCCUAGAUGAAUAA